AUGUCUCUUUCGCGGAGUCCCUCUCCAAGCCCCGACGGCGGUUGGUCCAGCCCUGGCCUGAACAUCAACGGAAGCGGUCGUUCAAGCCCAUCCAAGUCGUACGGCGACUCGAAUGGCGGCUCAACCCUACAUUCGCGCAAUUCGGGCGCAAGCAAAUACCCAUCCUUUGCCACACAGAACCAAGGCUUCUUCACCAGACACAUGCGCCAACUCUCGAGCAGUUUACCACGCUUCAACGCGAACACCCCGACGUCGCGCGCCUCAUCGUACUCUGACAAGGACAAACCAAGAGGGCGGUGGGAAUUUAGCAAGUCGUCGCUUCUCGGACGCGUGAAACUCUUUUUUGCGCACAUGGGGCGCACAACGAGAAUCCGCUGGGCCAUCGUGCUGGCGUUACUUGCCGCGAUAUACAUAUUUUACCAUUCCCCUCUUGUCUACUAUUGGCGGAGAACAGCAUGGCUGGGCGGUGGAGAGAAGUUUGUCAUCAUCCUGGCUGCAAACGUUGGCGGUGGUGUCAUGGAAUGGAAGGGCGCGCGCGAGUGGGCGAUUGAGAGAGACAGUACACGAAACAAGAAGCGCUACGCCGCGCGCUGGGGCUACGAUCUCGAGAUUGUCGACAUGAGCACGAAGAAACGCUAUGCUCACGAGUGGCGUGAGAGCUGGGAGAAGGUCGAUUUUAUCCGGCAGGCGAUGCGGAAGUAUCCCAAGGCCGAAUGGUUUUGGUGGCUGGAUCUCAACACAUUUGUCAUGGAGCCCUCGUACUCACUGCAGGACCAUAUCUUCAACGACCUCGAAAAGCAUAUCUACCGCGACAUCAACGAGUACAAUCCCCUCAACCUCACCCAUCCCUUCAAUGACGUAUACCUCGACGACGUGUCACGGAGCACAGUCGGCAAUGGCCAGGCAGACUCGGUCAACUUCAUUCUGUCGCAGGACUGCUCUGGCUUCAACCUGGGCUCCUUCUUCGUGCGCAAGAGCGAGUGGACGGACCGUCUGCUCGACGUGUGGUGGGACCCUGUUUCCUACGAGCAAAAGCACAUGGAGUGGGAGCACAAGGAGCAGGAUGCCCUGGAGCAGCUCUACACGGCACAACCUUGGAUCCGCCAACACAUGGCCUUCCUUCCCCAGCGCAUGAUCAACAGCUUCCCCGAAGGCGCCUGCUCGGAGAAUGGCAACAACACACGUUUCCAUUACGAGCAGAAUGACCGUGAUUUCCUCGUCAACAUGGCUGGCUGCGAAUGGGGCCGCGAUUGCUGGGGCGAGAUGUACAACUACCGUGAACUUAGCUACUACCUCAACCGUUCGCUGUGGGAGCGGUUUAAGGAGGAUCUACUGUGCGCCGCCUGGUUCAAGCUGACGGGCCAAAAAGUCAAGUUUUAA